AUGACAGAUCAAAAGAAGCUUCGGGUUGACGGCGAUGGAUUGCCGGGGCACAUCAUGGUAGUAGGCGAUGCUGCAGCAUCGACCAACAUGCAGCCUUUGCAAUCGGCGAUUGAAACUGGGGAUGAUGGUGCCAUCGCUGCUGCCUUGAAUCAACUCAUGGACGAAUCAAAAGAUGAACGAGUCUUGAUGGACCGGAUAUCUGUGCUGGUGUCAAUCAAGAGGGGUGACCAAGAGGAGGAGGAAGAAGAAGAAGUCGAUAAUGAAAAGGAGAUGACAGGAGUCGAAGAAACUGCUGAGAUUAGACUGGGGGACACUUCCAUCCAAAUGUUUUCACUUACUGUCACGUCGGAACGAUGUCUGUUUGUUGCCUCCUCACAAAGCCAUCAAAAUGAUGCUUCACCAUCCAGCAGCAACAUUGAGAGUCCUACUUCCAAGUCACGUGACAGCUUUCAAGUGGAAGCAGAAUCCAUACAACUGCAUGCCCAAUCCUCGGAGCCAGUGUCAGUGUACCUGCAAGUGGAGGGCGCAGAGGAAGAGUCCUAUCCUCAAGAAAUUACCAUUUUACCCGACAAAAAAUACGAGGAACAGGAAAAAAUGAAACUCUGUGAAAUGCUAUUUGAAAACAUUACCCAACUCAUUGAACUGCAUCCAAUACAAGAUGACAGUGGUGGUGCUGGUGGUAUGAUGGGAAUGAUGAGCAAUAUGAUGGGAAUGAUGGGAGGGCAACAGCAAACUCCAAUGAUCAUGGGAGUAGACAACAAUGACAAUCUGGGGCCCUCGUCAAUGGAGGCGACACCAGACGAACGGGCUGCCAUGUUGGAAAAAUUAGACAACAUGUUGGUGGUCAAGCCUGGGGUGGAAAUUGUCAACGGACAAUUUUCAGAUGCUGAGGAGGACGAUGAUGAAGAGGAAGCAGUCAUGCAGCACAAGCCAACAGCAAACGAAGAACCAUCCAAAAACAAAGGACAGAGUGCUGCAUCUGUUGCACCGCAGAAACACGCCACUGGGCAAUUCGAUGAUGUGGAUGACCAAGGUGAUACUUUGUUGUGA